AUGGCAUUGGCAACCAGACACGAGUACCUCUACAUGGCUAAACUGGCCGAUCAAGCCGGACGCUACGAGGACACGAUAACGUUCAUGGAGACCCUCGUCAUUGGCUUCAUCCCUGCCGGCGACGAGCCCACUCUCGAAGAGCGAAACCUCCUCUUCUCCGCCUACAAGAACCUAGCCAGCCCGCUUCGCGAUGCGUUACAGGUUAUUUCCAAAGACACCGACAACAAGAAGAAGGAACUCCAUGUUCGCUACAGAUCGAAGAUUGAGUCGAAGCUUUCGGAAUUGUGCGCUAGGAUCAUGAAGCUUUUGUGCUUGCAUCUGAUGCCGAAAGCGUCCACAGACGAGUCAAAAGUCUUCUACUUCAAGAUGGCAGGAGAUUAUCAGCGAUACAUGAUCGAGUUCAAGAGCGAGAGAGAGAGAAUGGAAGCGGCUAUGAAAGCCAAGGCUUCAUAUGUAGCUGCCGAGAAGAUAGCAGAAGAUAGAUUAGAGCCAGUGCACCCCACAAGGCUUAGUUUGAUGCUCAACUUUGCAGUUCUCUAUCACGAUAUUCUGCACGAACCAGAAUAUGCUUGUUCUAUGGCGAGAGAAGCCUAUGAAAUGGCCGCUGCCCACCGGCCGAUCACUCGCCGGGAUGAGGGUGUUGUCCUCUCCGUCAUGCAGCUACUCAAAGACAACUACAGCCGUUGGGUUUCAGAUAUAUAA